GAAGUUUAAACGUACGGAUCUCUCUAAGUGAUCAUGAUUUCUCAGGUCAAUAUUAGUCUAAGACAGUGGUUUCGGUAGAAUACAUUCGGAUAAAUUGAUGACUAACGUUGACGAAUUAUUAACAGAACACUGACCUAUAGUUUCACUUCUCACCUUUUUCUGUGUGUUCAUUCCAGUUUGCAGGAAAUAAACAUCCGAAAACGUACUGACAAAUUAUUCUCAACCUCAAUUUGUCUUCAGUUUGUUUUCAUUCUUUCAAUCGGACAGAUGAUUAUAAUGAUGAAUCGAAAAUCGAUUUUGUCCGUUACGAUUUUAUUUGUGGUGUGUACAUCCAGUCCUAUCGUCAAUGGGCUUUUAAAUACGCCGAGACAAAUUGCAGACAAAUGCGACCUCACGGCACGUCCCCAGUGUUCCAGUGAUUGUACGAAGAUUUUGGCAUGUGUCUCGCGCGUUGAAACUCCAAUCAUGUCAGUGAACUGUAUCGGAAACACACCGUACUGUGACAAUGGACGUUGCGUCACAAAACCUGGGAAAUGCACAAAAACAGCACUGGAAACAGAAUUUCUAUGUACAUCCUCAGGUGUAUUUCCAGACCCCAAGGAUUGUCGAAAAUCGCAUUUUUGUGCAGAUGUAGGAUCACACAGUGUAAUGUCUCUAUGUCCUAGAGGUCACAUAUUUGAUUCGAAAACCAAGGUAUGCGGACGAAAAUCUUCCAACUCUGAAAGUAUUUGCCAAAAAAUUUCUUGCGACGGUGCCACAAACGAUUUUGUCGCCUUUACGGCGAAUCCAACGUUUUACGCUUAUUGUUUUACAUCGGCAACCGGCGUACAUCAUACGUACAUGUACAAAUGUGAUGAUGAAAUCAACAAGAUGUUCGAUGUUUCGAUAAAGAAAUGUCGAUUCAAUUGCAAAGCGAUUGGAUACUAUGCGGAUCCGAUGGACUGCUCUUCUUAUUACAUAUGCAAUGGCCUGAAGUUUGCGUCGCGACGCGUUCACUGUCCGCCGAACUAUUAUUUCAACGGAACAGUGUGUUUGAAUAGCAAGGCUCAUUGUCCAAUAGGAUCGAUCGUUGCGUCGAGUACUGUAAGGCCAACAUCAACCGUCGAUAGUUCCAUGGUAGAUGAAACGUUUACGACGCUCAAACCAACGGUCCUUCCAGAUAGUUCUUUGCCGGAUGAUGUGAUCCCAACAUCAACACUAAUUGCAGAUAGUUCUUUGCCGGAUGAUGUGAUUCCAACAUCAAUUUCAAUUGCAGAUAGUACUUUGCCAGAUGUGCCAGAUGAAUUGACCUCUACACUAAGACCCAUUUCAGGCAGUUCUUUGGCAGAUGAAAUAUCUGCGACGAAUGAACUGACCCCAUCUGAGGAAGUUGUAACAGAUACGACAAUGUCUUUCAGUGAAUCCAGUACUACGGAAAGAUCUACUACUUCCAAACCGACAACGGUUGAAAGUGUUGCUUUUCAGAUGAAUUUGACAACAAAGAAGCCGUCAAUUUGGAAGCACAUGGGAUUGAUAAGUGUACGUGUCGGUAGAUUGUUAAACAUUGUUUAAUGGAAGGCUGUUGCACCGUAAUUGAAAUAAAAUGAAGCUUUUAUAAC